CUGGAAGAGCUGCACGGCGGCCGGCGGCCCCAGAAAGCGCAAGGGCCCCAUGCUAGCCAGGAAGAGGCUCCGGCCCUGCUGCUCCCAGGCGGCCGCGGCGGCCAGCCCCAGCUCCUUGCAACGGGUGGCAGGAGAAGAGGCCGAGGAGGCAGCGGCUGCGGCGGCCGACGACAGCAGGAAGCGGCGGGCAGCGGCGGCACAGUCCUCGGCCGCCAGGGCCGCGUAGCGCGGCUCUAGGUGCUGCAAGGGGGAGGCGGCGUAGGCCGUGUCCCGCGGCAGCGGCGGCGACAGCGGCGGCUCCUCCUCUGGGCCGGCGGGGGCGGGCCCGCCGGGGCUGUGCACGAUGAAGCAGAGCAUGCAGGGCCCGCGGAAGAAGCAGUCCCGGUUGCGGGCCGCCGCCGCGGGCUGUGGGGACGACUUGGUCGGCGUCCGGCCCGGCAGUCGGAUGAGAGGGCGCCGGCGGCGACACCAGCUGCAGCAACGAGGCUUCUUCUGGCUCGCACGGUUCCGAGGCUCCUUCGAAAGAAGGUGGCCCAUAAAGACGGCCCUAGGAAGGGGAACAGAAAUGAGUGGGACGGAGGCCUGAGAGGCAGGCUCCCGUGGCCGGGCAGGCCGCUAGCUGACUGGGCCUCUGGCCGCAGCGAGCUGCUCGGCGCUGCGCACCUGGCACCCUCGACGACCCGGGUGGGCGUCAGCCGCGGGGUACCCAGGCGGCCAGAAACGGGCUACAUACUUUGGGCCCGGAAGCCUGGAGAAAGAUGGGCCCGAGCUGUGGGGACUCGAGGGAGGAAGCGAGUCGGGUCGCUAGGCCGCUCGGUUCGGUCAGUCAGCGCGGUGGUAGGGGCAAUGGCAGUCCUGCUCAGACCACUUUAUCUGCAGCUCCGCCAACGGCGCGUGUGCCUGCGACACAACAGGAGCCGCAGGAGCACACCACCCACUCCAAGAGGGGGCGGAGCCGGCCUUGGGGGCGCGCCGGAGGGGGGGUGAAGGAGGGAGGGGGUGCGGGGGAGGAGGGGGGUGGAGAGAUGGCUCACCUGGUUGGGUUGCCAGCCUGACAAAAGGCUAGCUACUCGCGCCCAGCCCCCCUGCUCAGAGGUUACUUGGGGGCCUGAAGCCCAUUCCUCUCUUCUGAGGUGGGCCUUUUUUCCUCAUUUUUUAAAAUGUUGGCACUUGGAGCUAUAUUUUUGCCUCCAAGGACUACUUCCACAGUGUAUCACAGAGGUUUCAUGUGGGGUUUUUUUCUCUAGUUCCCCGGAAAUGCUGUUUCUUUUUUGAUUUCUUCUUUGACCCAUUCCUCAUUCAAUGAUGUAUUGUUUAAUCUCCCUGAAUUUGUGUAUUUACUGGAGGUUUGUCUGCUGUCAGUUUUAGGUUUUGGUGCAUCGUGAUCAGAUGGGAUGCUUAGGGUCAUUUUAAUCUUCCUGAAAUUCUAGAUUUGUUUUGUAUCCCAGGAUGUGGUCUGUUUUGGAGACCUGUCCUUGUGCUGCUGAGUAGAAUGUAUGCCCUUUGGUGUUUGUGUGGAUUAUUCUGUAGGUAUUGCUUAAAUCCAUUUGAUGGAUGAUACCACCAGAUUCUCGUGAUUCUCUGUCUACUGUCUGUGCAGAUAACCUGUCUAUUGGAGAAAGUGGAGCAUUGAACUCACAGAGAAUUAACAGAAUAGUAGACUGGGAUCUCUCCAUGAAGAAGAGGGGCAGAAGGAAGGCUGAAAAACUGACGUGAAACAUGUGCUCCUAUGAUGUGUGCCACAUGCGUGCAGAGCCAGAAGAGGUGAGAAGAGGAAACGACAACUUUAGAAGCAGAGUUAAACACCAGUUCUACGCAUUGUACCAGAACCUGGCCCAUGUGAAGUAAGUGAGUCACAAAUACAGGAUUCUGACACCGUGGAGGGAGUCACUGUCUUUCAGACACACCAGAAGAGGGCAUCAGAUCCCAUUACAGAUGGCUGUGAGCCACCAAGUGGUUGUUGGGAUUUGAACUCAGGACCUCUGGAAGAGCAGUCAGUGCUUUAACCACUGAGCCAUCUCUCCAGCCCCUGAGAAGUAUUCUUUAUUGUGAGUUUUGCCUACAUGCUUUCCUUCCACCCAACCUCCAAGGCUCUGCUCCACCAGCAAACCCUCUGCUAGAGCACAGGGGCUGCCUCACCUCGUCUUUGAUUUCUUCAGCCAGAGGAAGGUAUGGCCUAUACCUUGAGUGCUAACCUGGGAUUUAGAAGCCCAUGGCAUCCUAUCUAGGGAAAGUCUCCAAAGUAUCCAGCACUGGAGUAAAUGAAGCAGGACAUGUUACUUCCAGCUCAAUGUUGUACCCCAAAGGACUAGAAGUGGAUGAUUGGCUAGGGUCCAAUACCGUAUCGGAAAGAUGUGUUCUGGGUGUUGCGAGACAUGUCAGAGGACCACUUACUAAUUCAAUCUUCAUCAUCUUCUUCGGGAUCACUAAUCUCUUCAUAUAUCACUCGAGUCUUCCUCUCUCGCAGUCGGUGGCUCCAAGCAUUUACCUGAAUACCACCAGCUCCUGAAAUGUGGAGAGAUUAGUGCAUGAGAGCUAGGUCAUUUAGGGCCUUUUCUCAUCAGAAAAGAACAGAGCUGUCCCACACCCAAGACCAUAGGCCUUUACAUCUGCGGGCUCACAAAGAUUGAGAUGUCAGCCACAUAGCAGUACAGACCAAAGGCUAGUUUGGGUUAUGCCACAUGCUGUCUGGUCCCCUCCCCAUCCCCUGAUAAAGAUUUUCUAUUUUAUUCUCCAUUAGGAGGAGGACCCAGUGACCAUUCACUUAUAUUGUAUGGAUUUCAGGGUUAGCUUCAGAGCAUGUAGAAGACUUGUCCAUUGUCACAUGGCUUUCAGAAGAAGGACACAUGUAAUUGUGAUUAUGGAGACACAUUCUAGCAUCUGAACUGGUGAUGGGUGAGCUCAGCACCCAGAAAGGACUGGGAUUUUCGGGGCCUAUGCCAAACACCUAGAACAUGCCAAGGAAACCAGAAUAUUGUUUUCCCCCAUGGUUUCCUCUCAUCCAACACCACCCUACUCUGUCUGUCUCCAGAAUAUGUGCUUUCUCUUGGAUGUGCAGGUGUCUCUGAGCCUAGUACUCCUGGAACACAUUGGGUUAUUCCUCCCCGUUCUGCCUCCUUCAGCAGUUUUUAAACACUGAAGCACUCAUUGGGGCUGUCAGUAGCAUUUCUGUAUUGUCUUAGAGGUUAAGUAUCUUCUCGUGUAUUUUUCUAAAGGUUAUAUUAGCAUAUAUUAGUUAUGUAUGUUAUUCCAUUUCAUUAUGACAUUUUGUAUACAUAUAUAAUGUGUCUCGAUCAUGUACACACCUAAUUAUUCUCUUAGGUCACGACAUGCCUUCCUCCCUACCACUAGAUUCCCUUUUAUUUCAUUUUGCUUUGUAUGAGUGAGACCCAGUGAGUUUAAUUAGGCCUUUUCCCCUGGCAACUGGCAACUGCCUUCAUAUCCUCUGAAAGGGGCAGAAACUGGUGAGCCCCUCCUUCCACAGCAGAGUGUUGAAGGGCUUGAUCUUUUGCAGGUAUGUUUAAAGGAUUUUCAUAACAUUUUAAUCACAUUUGACAAAGUAUUUCACUUUUUGUAACUAAAUAAAAAAGAACACGGGUGUUUAAAUUGGAAA